CCUCAGUCCUGCCCCACAGCCCCCCACUGUCCAGCCCCGGUCUCGCCUCCCAGCCCUGCCAAUGCCCCUGUAUCUCCUUUCAAUCUUCACAUCUCUCUUCCCUUCUCUCCACCAGCCCCCUGUGCUUCCCCACCCAACCCCCACGGCACCCUCCCCCUUGGUCCCCCCCCCCCCCUCCACCUUAAACCAUUUCCACUGCUCGGCUUUGGUUUCCUAUCACAAAAGAUUCAUGCAAAUAGCAGCCGGCGCAGAGCUGCCUCUGAAGGAGGAAGGACUCGGGCUAGCGCAGCUGCACGGCUCCCCAGGCCUGGCUGGUCUCCAGGACAUUGGGAUCCCCCGGUCCCAGGGGCUUCAUUCAAGCCGGCCAUGAAGGGCACCGGGCUGGUGGUGGGGCUGGGCAUCCUGCUGGCGGUGGGGCAGGGAGAGAAGGCGCUGGAGGCAGGCUCCUGCCGGCCCCGCGCCUCCUGCCGCGACUGCAUCCGCUCCCAGCCCAGCUGCGCCUGGUGCAAAGCGCUGAACUUCACCAAGGCGGGCGAGUCGGACGCCACGCGCUGUGCCACGCGGGAGGAGCUGCUCCGGCGCGGCUGCGCCCUGGAGGAGGUGGUUGAGCCCCGGGGCCGGCACCAAGUCCUGGAGGACGCGCCCCUGAGCGACAGCGCCGAGCAGGGGACGGUGACCCAGCUGGCACCCCAAAAGAUCGCCCUGUGGCUCCGACCCGGAGAGCAGCACAGCUUCUCGGUGCGGUUCAAGCGGGCCGAGGGCUACCCCGUGGACGUCUACUACCUGAUGGACCUGUCCUACUCCAUGAAGGACGACCUGGAGAACAUCAAGAAGCUCGGCAAUGACCUGCUGGCCGCACUCAGGGACAUCACCAAGUCAGUGAAGAUUGGCUUCGGCUCCUUCGUGGACAAGACGGUCCUGCCCUACGUCAGCACGGUGCCCGCCAAGCUGCGGAACCCCUGCCCCGACCGCUACGAGCAGUGUGACUCGCCCGUCAGCUUCCGCCACGUGCUGCCGCUCACCGACAACGCCAGCGAGUUCGAGAGCCGCGUGAGCCAGCAGCGCAUCUCGGGCAACCUGGACUCGCCCGAGGGCGGCUUCGACGCCAUCAUGCAGGCGGCCGUGUGUGAGGAGCAGAUUGGCUGGCGGAACGUGACACGCCUGCUGGUCUUCACGUCAGAUGACGUCUUCCACACGGCAGGGGAUGGCAAGCUGGGUGGCAUCUACCUCCCGAAUGACAACCAGUGCCACCUCGACACGGACGGCCUCUACAGCAAGAGCCACAUCUACGAUUACCCCUCGGUCGGGCACCUGGCCCAGGUGCUCUCAGCCUCUAACAUCCAGCCCAUCUUCGCUGUCACUGGCUCCACGCUGCCCGUGUACCAGGAGCUGAGCAAGCUGAUCCCCAAGUCGGUGGUGGGGGAGCUGAAGGAGGAUUCCAGCAACGUGGUGCAGCUCAUAUCUGAUGCCUACAAUAGCCUGUCGUCCACGGUGAACCUGGAGCACUUCCAGCUCCCGCCCGGCGUGAGCGUGACCUACGAGUCGCACUGCGAGGACGCUGCCACCCGCUCCCUCGGGGGCCACGGUGGGGUCUGCUCCGGCGUCCGCAUCAACCAGCUGGUGAGUUUCACGGUGACGGUGCAGGCCGCCGCCUGCCUGGAGGGGCCGCACAGCUUCGCGCUGCGGGUGCUGGGCUUCACCGAGGAGGUGCGCGUGGAGCUGCACACGCUGUGCGAGUGCCCCUGCGACCAGCCUGAGCCCCACGCCCCCCACUGCAGCGGGGGCCACGGUAACCUCACCUGCGGGGUCUGCAGCUGCAGCCCCGGCCGCGUGGGCAAGCUGUGUGAGUGCGAGCUGGCGGAGGCCACGGACCUGGAGGCGGAGUGCCGGGGCGGCAACGGCACGGGCCCCAUGUGCAGCGGGAAGGGGCAGUGCGUGUGCGGGCAGUGCCAGUGCAAGAGCAACGUGCGAGGGCAGCACUGCGAGUGCGACGACACCAGCUGCGAGCGGCACAACGGGCAGCUCUGCGCAGGCCAGGGUCGGUGCCAGUGUGGGACUUGCUUCUGCAAUGAGGGCUACACAGGCAGCGCCUGCGACUGCAGCCUGGACACCCGCGCGUGCCUGCAGGACGGCGUGGAGUGCAGCGGGCACGGGAGCUGCAUCUGCAACAAGUGCCAGUGCCAGCCGGGCUACUUCGACCGGCUCUGCAGCCGGUGCCCGAGCUGCCAGACCCCCUGCGAGGAGCACCGGGACUGCGCCGACUGCCAGGCCUUCGGGAUGGGCCCGCUGAGCCAGAACUGCAGCGUCGCCUGCAACCACACCGUGGCCACGCUGGUGCCCGAGGCCACCGUGAACGAGCAGUGGUGCAAGGAGAAGACGGACGACGGGCGGAUCCUGAUCUUCCUGAUCGAGGGCACGGAGGGGGGCAGAGUUCCCCUGAAGGUGAAAGACAAGGACGCCGUCACUGACCGGACCUCCAUGAUCGUGCUGGGCGUGGUCCUGGGCAUCGUGCUCAUCGGGCUGCUGAUCAUCAUCGGCUACCGCAUCUCGGUGGAGGUCCUGGACCGGCGGGAGUACAUGCGCUUCGAGAAGGAGCGGGAGCGGGCCAAGGGGAACGAGGUCAACAACCCGCUCUUCCAGAGUGCCACCACCACCGUCAUCAACCCCAGGUACAACGAGGACUGAGGCAGCAGCGAUGGCUGCACCGGCGCCAGCCCAGCUCCCUCCGGCAUGGGCCCCCAGCUGCCACGCUCUCUAUGGCAGCCCCCCCCCGCGCUUGAACUGGAAGGGAAGGUGCAGGCCGAGGGCCCGCUGCUCGGCAGAAUCUCACACCGCUACCCGCUGCCAAACAGGCCCACGGGGACGUGCCUGCUUGUGCUGCCACUUGUUACCGGAGGAGCAGGAUGCAGCCCAAGGCCUCCCUGCUUAAGUAGCCCCACCCUGUCCCCCCCCCCUCUCCUGGCAGGCCCUGCCCAGAGCCUGCUGCUACUCUGCCCCCCGCAGCACGUCCGUCAGGGACCCCGAGUGCCAGGAGAGCACGACCUGCUGCCCAUGCCCAGCAGAAGAGCUCUAGGCUAGCAGGAAGGGCCGGGCUACGGAGCACCCAAGCCCUGCUUUUGGGGGCUUUGCUCCAGGCCACAAGGGGAGCACCGUAGGGCAGAGCAGAUCCAGGGGAAACUCAUGGCCAACCACGGGGGCAGGGAGGUAAUUGGAGCAGGGCCCUUCAGCCAGGGGCGGCUCUGUGUAUUUGGCUGCCCCAAGCACGGCAGUCAGGCGGCUUUCGGCGGCGGGCCUGCGGGAGAUCCACCAGUCGU